AUGGCAAAUAAUAAUAAAGCAGUAGGUUCGCCACCUGCUUCGUCUCCGCAGAGCUGGAAUUGGCUGAAUGUAUCUCAGAAAAAGGAUGAGUCCAACCAUGGCAAUUCCAAGGUUGUCGUCAGUAGCCAGAGCCACCAUAAUGCAACGUCCAAGUUAUUGUUACUUAAUCGGCCACCAACCAGUACACAACUCGAGACAAAACCAAAAACAAUAUCUACCGCCACCGAUUGUGAAAAACCUGUUAAAUCUAAUAACGAAGAGGUAGAAGAAUUUUCAAAGGUGCGAAUCACCGACCGUACGAUUUCAAUGGAAGUUCUGCGCCAAGAGAUGACAGGACGUAAAUUUAUCAAGUUGCAACAGAUGGACCGUGUUCCUAAAGAUAUAUUUGUCAACAGAGAAAUUGAUUGGGUGACAAUCGGUGUCUUGACACGGAAAACCCUAUCAAAACCAGCGGCCAAUGGAUCCACAUUUAUGGUGUGGGGAUUAUCGGAUCUGGAUGGAACGGAGCUGGGGCUUUUUCUCUUUGGGGACGCCUAUUCAAAUCAUUGGAAAGAGAUGCCAGGCUCAAUUGUUGCAGUUCUCAAUGCGACAUUGCUGCCUGCUACGGAGAAAAACAAAUUUGCAUUCAAAGUGACGCAACUGACGGAAAUUGUAAAGCUGGGUAAGGCAGUAGAUUUUGGUAUUUGCAAGGGAACGACCUCGGGAGAAGCACGUUGUCGGCUUGCAGUCAAUACGGCAAAGACACAGUACUGUUUGCAUCACAUUGCAGCAAAUUUCAUAAAGGCAGGACGAGGACGUCAACAGCUUAAUAACUCGACGGGCAGCCUGCGUAAGGCACUUUUUGCAGGACUUGCCAAACCGAAAAAUCUAUCGGCUGGAGUGUACACGUCGGCCCCAUCGAAUUCCAACAAAGCUGGAUGGAAUCCAAUAUUUACCAAGAAACGCAAGCGGAACGAUGCCGGUGGCGGAGUUUUGGGCGUGCCCACCGUUUUGACAGCAUCGGGCGCUGUUGUCCAGCGUGGUAGAACACGUCCAACACAUGCGACAAAAGCAAGCAGUAUUUCUGGCAAAAGACCAUGUAGUACCAUGAGUCUCAUGGAUCAACUUCGAGAACCGUCAGCGUCUAUGCAUUCUGCGCCUAAAGGGGUAGGCGCGGGAUCAGCGAACGUAAACCAACCCUCCAAUCGAGCGCAGAAAAUUGUAUCAGCAAUACUUGCAAAGGAUGGAAAACCGCUCAAACAACCUAAGACCAAGAAGGUGAAUAUGAUCCACUUCAUGAGCACUGGGUCUUACGUGAAGAAAUGA